UUUAGAUGGACAAUGCAUUAAAAAAAAAAUCAUCCAACCAUGAAAAUAAUUUUCCAAAAGACUUAAAUCAUGGUAUAACUUCAUUUAAAGCUAUAUUGAACCAAGAAGUUUGUUUUGAGGAUGACAAUAAUGAACAAUACCUUAGUAAUCUAACAAUUGGAGACUUGAAUACUAAAGUUAAUAAAUAUAAUUCAUUAUACUUGGAAAAUAAAAUCAAUGUACUUAAUGCAUUUGAUAUAGAUUUAAUCAGUUGUGUACAACAAAUGGUAAAGAGAUCUAAAGAAACAGAUAUUUUGGGAAUUAGUAAUACAUUUGAUGCAAUUAGUAAGGUGUACUCAUGUAGAGUUGAUGAUAUUUUGAUAACUGGUAAUAAGUUAGUUAAAGAAUUUGUGUCAGAAACCAAAAACCAAAAUMUUGUUAAAGAGAAUGAGACGAAAACCAAACAAAAACAUAGAAAAAAACUUAUGUUAACAACAGCUGAAAAAUUAACCCGUAAAGACAAUCAAAUGCUACUACGAAAAAAUUACCUAAGUGUUGAUCUUGAUAAUGAUAUGAUUGACUAUGCAAAACCUUCAAGAAUAUUGAUGAAUAGGUAUUCUAAUGACACUUAUUGGCCAGAAUAUGGUGAUUUCAAAAACAUUAAUGUGAAUGAAAAUCAACAAGAAACAUAUGAAAUGGAAAAUUUAAUGACUGUAAUCGAAAAUGGAAAAAUUUGCCCGUCAUUUCAUAAGUUUACAGCUGAACGUGAUAAAAGUACAAAUUGUGAUGAUAACAUUGAUAUGAAUGUAUUAAAUAAUAUCCAAACCCAUUUUAAUCAAGAAACAUAUCCUGAAUUUUGUUCGAACAUUUCUGAAGAAACUGAUGAUUCAAUGGAUGUAGAUUCAAACGAACCAAGUUCACAAAUAAUAGUACCUACAGAACCAGGAUCAUCUAAUCAGAAUAACAACCAAUUUGGUAGACAAGAAAAUUUAGAGUCUUUAUCUCAAUUAUUAUCAAUGGUGGAUACAACAAAUAGCAGUGAUUAUACAUAUUUUGAUCGUAAAAAAUURUGUAACCUUAAAUGUCCCGAUCAUUGGAAAGUGAAGUUCAAAAUGAUGAAAACUGACAGUAAAGAGAAAGCAAUGCUUAUUAAGUCUCGUUUAACUCAAACAGAUUCCGAAACUAAUGUUUCUGAAUAUAAAUKUAGCAAUUCYAAAGCUAUUAAAUUUAAGGUUGAGUUUAAUUCAGAUAUAUAUAAGAAAUUAGAUGAUAUAAUAUUAGUUUCGGGUAAAUGUCUAUGUCGUUAUGAUAAAUGGAAACCAAGUAAUAACUUAAUUCCUUCAUCUGGUCAAUCAGAUACUGUACUUAUCAGACAAUUGGAAGUUUGCAAGUUUAUUAACAUGAUUCCUAACUGGUUUAARCAUGAAUUURAGGAAUUAAAUUUGAAUUCAAAUCCAAAUGCAUUGUUCUUGUUACCUGAACAAGAUAUUCUGAAAGACACUUUAUUACUAAAUAAAGUUCCAGUGAAGAAUACAGAAUAUAUUAACGAACAUAUCAUGGACACUAAUGAUAAUUCUGAGUGUGGAAAUGAGAAUGAUGAAAUUAUGACUGAAAAAAAUAUUGACAACAAUUUAACCAUAGCUUUGAACCAAAAAAUUACACUAGAUGAUGCCUAUGAACAGUACCUCACUUGUAAUUCUGGAUACAUAGAUACACAUCAACUUAAAAAAUAUAUUAUGGAUACUAUCAAACCAGAUAGUGAGAAAUCAGUAAAUAUUUCAUUUGGAGAUGUAUUACUAACACUGCCAAAGUUACUACCAGAAAAUAUGAAAGAAAAUAUAACUGUAUCUAUUAUAUAUGUUGCUUUAUUACAUUUAUGCAAUGAGCACGGUUUACGUUUAGAAGACAAUAAUGGUGAAAUUUUUAUCUCUCAAAGUUCUAUAAACUUGAAAAAUUAGAAUAAGUUUUUUAAAACAGUCUGAAAUCAGCAAUAUAGUGAGUGUCUAAUCUACAGAAGAUCUCAGAGCUGUAAUAUAACUCCAGGAUGCUGGUUAAUGUAGUAAUGUGAGAUAUUGUAUGUUUAAUACGUUUUUGAAAAUAAUUAUUAACUUAUUAUAGUAAAAAUGUUAGAAUAAUAUUUGAUAAACACUAUCAAUUGUUUAAUUCAUACAUUGAUUAUAAGAUUUUUUUAUCAUAGA